GACGCCCACCUGCAAACUGUCGACGAGGCGACAACGGCGCACGCACUCAUCACAACACUGACGGCAGAUGUGAUAAUAGAAGCGCGACCACGAUGCAUCCAGCCCACGCUUGCAUGACGCUACACCCUGCCAUCUGCAUCUGGUGCUUUGUUCUCUUCGUCACUACCGCCCUCGAGGCCGCGGAUGCUCGUCUAAAUCUGGAAGUUGACUCGAUCGAACGCAGCUUCGACGCCCACCACCCGCUCGGUUCGAACUCCAUCUUCAACUUCAACCGCCACCGCCUCCGUCGUUUUCUGCAUACCAGCCGCCCAGUUGUCUGCGCGCCUCCCACCUUCGUUACUCGCGACCCUCGACUUUGCUUCUCCACGACCCCUUCACGCGCCGAAAACCCACUCUCCGAGCCCGUCUCUCGCGUCCGCCAUGCUCCCCGUCCAACUAGUGGCAAUCGCCUGCAUCGGCGCCAUCUACAACUGGUUCAUCGCUCAACCCUACGUCGCAACAAAGGUCUCCCCCGCAACACGGCUGCUCAUCUCGGCAUCGAGGCGGGCGGCAAGAAGGGCUCGAGAGCUGCUGGACAGCGCCUCGCGCCUUCCCUUCCGACACCUCGACGACCUGUGGCGGCCAGCACCUCCCAGUCCACUGGCCGCCGCGCCGUUACUCUCGGCGGUAGCACAGCCGUGGUGCCGAGCGAUCCGCACGCCCUCGCCGCGGCCACGCCGGGCCCGUGGUCGGUGCAUGUGCGGGUGGAAUACAGCCCUCUUCUCGGCGCGCUUGUCGUCGUGUGUGCCGUGGCGAUCUAUCUCGUCUGGACAAGGCGGUACUCCCACAAGGUUGGCUUUCCUUGUCUUCCCAUGUUCGACGCUUUUGCUCACUUGCGGUCCCAGGAUCUCGCCUCUGCGAACAAGGAUCAGAUGGCCGGCUGUGAGGUUAUCGAAAUCAGGACAGAGGGCGCCCGUCGUCUCGAGCAAGCAAGCAACUGUUUUCCCGCGGAACGCGAGGUCGUCCCUGCUGCCACCCCCAUCGCCUGCUACUUUGCAACACAGGCCGAGCUGUUCGCCGCAUGUGCCCAGUCCUCGUCGUUCACCAUCGACUGCUCCGACCUGUGGGACAUCCCGCCCGUGGAAGCGUAUCGCAGCCUGCACUUCCGCGUCACCCCGCCGGCCGAUCGACGCGCGGCCAUCGCCCCGUCGGUCGCCACGUCCGACGUGCGCCUUUUCUCCCCGACGCCGCCGCCGCCGCACAAACAGCCGGAGCGCAGACCCGCCGCGCGUGCCCGAGCGCCGCCUCGCCCCGUCGGCCGGUCUGCGUUCGGCGUCGGGCGGCUCUCCCGCUGUGCUGAACGCGCCGGGUGGACCGCGAUCGAUGUCGGCAGGUUCCUCCGCCACGCAGAGGCUGUUCGACUUGACGCCUCGAAGGCUGCAGACCACAUUCCACCCGAGGCGGACAACGCGCACGACCCCAUUGCGGCUUUCCCCGGGUCGCCGUUACUAUCGCAGGAGUGGUACCUGCGCAAGAAGCGGCCUGCGCAGAAGACUCUGAAACGGACGGUCGUUCCCACCAGACCACCGAAGGAGGUGUCGAGGGGACGGUCCAGCCGUGCGCGAUCGGCGCUAAGGACGCAGUCGGACGAGGCGGCCGCCUUGGCACUCGCCGAUGCGGCGAGGGAACCCGAGCGCGACGAAGAUGGCGUCGAUGAGAUCGAUAACGAGCGGGAACUCGAGACCGGCGGCGCCACCUUCCACAAGCACGACAUCGACGAGACACGGCCCGAGGCGGGAGACCAGAACGAGAACAGGAACGACGCCGUUCAACGUUGCCCCCCGCCCCCCAGCGUGACUUCCGAAGCUGCCGGCAAGAGCCGAUCCGCGGAACAACAUCACCCACCACCCUGUGCGACCGCAGCAGCAACCGCGAAGGACAUCGGCGCCACCGCGGACCCGAACGCACAGGCGGAUCACAAGCCGAACCGCAAGCCAAAACGGCGGGGCGGGAUGUCUGCGCGGGUGGCCAAGAGGAAGGCGCUGGAGGCGCAGCAGCAGCGGGACGCGGCCGCGUCCGAGCAGUACGCGGCGCGGCGACACGACAUCCUCGGCGGAGAGGUGCUGACCCACCGUGUGUCUGGCGCCUGGCUCGUGCCGGAGGCCUCCCCAGACGUCUGGGCGCGCACGUAUCCCCCGCACGUCGCCCAGAGCUACCCGGCGCCGCCGUCGGGGUCGAAGCCGGACAAGAAGUCCGACGCGCUGCGACAGAGACGGCACGGCCGGGUGAAGCCGUUCCUGGGCAAGGUGCCGUACCCGACGAAGCCGGUCGUCGUCCUCGGCCACGAGGUGCGGUACGCCAGCGAUGUGCGGGCGCGGUGCGGUGAGGAGAGGAGGGCGCGGAGCAUGGUGAUGGACAGGAGGCGGGAGAGGUGCAAGGAGUCAGAGUACAUUGACCAUCUCCUGGUUCCGCUGAAGCCCAAGAUCGGAGACGUCUCGCCUGAGUUAACGGAGAUUGUGGCAGAGUACGAGGAAGCGGAGGCGACGAAAGCGGCUGCUAAGGCCGCAGCAGCAGCAGCAGCAGCAGCGGACGCGCCGCAGGUGCAUAUCCCGCCUUCACCCGCGGUCCGCUCAGAGAGCAUCAGUCAGCACCAACACACCCCAUUGACGUCGUGUACGCCGGCUGAGGUUCAGACGCCUAACCACCUCCGAAGCUCGGCGGCGCCAACGACAAGCACUCCUCACACCGAGUCUCCGGACUCUUCUGGCACUGCUCAUCGCCCCGAGGAUCCAGUGGCCGCGCACCCUGCACUCGACGGGCCGACUUCGCCGCGAGCUCAGAGCGUUUCUGCCUCUGCGCCGUGUACUCUCCCUGCCACACCUUCGACCGCUGUGGCUCCGGCUACAGCUAUUCCAGCACCUGGGUCUUCAGCCGACCCCGUCGGUGACUGUCCAUCGCUGGCAGUGGAAUUUUCACCGGCGCCGCCGACCAAUUUCACUGUCAACUGCAGCUCGUGCCUCUUCCCACUCACCAACCCCGACCAUGGCCGAGACUUUACCCUUGCUUGACUCGCCAGACGACCCGAUCCCGCCGGCCACGGCUACGUCGUUCGUUCUUCCCUUGGCCAGCGCCUGAGAACUGGCUCUCCACCGCUUCGUCUCCCCGCCGCCGCCCGCCAACACAUCUCUCUCGCCCAUUCCCGCCACCCAUCCGGUCGCUUGCCCUCUACUAUAACUCCACAGAACUACCCGUCAUUGCACAUCGUCCUCUUUUUUCGUACUUUUGUCCCGUUUUUCAAUCGCUGCUGCCACCACUGGCAAGCACUUUGACGAUCCGAAGGCGGCAACUCUCACUCGCUAGAACAGACGGCACGGUGCCCCCUUCUGCGUCGUUCCCCUGACUCGAG